UGGGAAAAGGUCGAACCCUUCCUGGGCCGGGUCCAUUCUGGAGGCAACCUGGAGUGAGAGCGUGCUGGCUGCCGGCCCAGCUCGGCUUGGGAUCAGCUAUGGAGGAUUCCGGGAGGCAGUCUGGAGGCCCAGGAGGUGCCAGGCAGGUCUGGGUGUGGGCUCCCAGGAAGUUGCCACACAGGUGAGGCUGCAGCCUGUAAUGGAGGAGGAGCAGGGCUGCAGGUGCAGCACCGCUGCUCACCAGCACUGUGGCCGUGACCUUGGGAGAGCUGCUGCCUCAGAGCAUUGGUGUCCUGUCUGUAAGAUGGAGAUAAUGAUGGUUCCUACCUCCUGGGGUGUUGUGAGGCUUGGAGGUGACAUCUGUGUGGAGGUCACGGGGCUGGCAUGGCUGAAGUUGUCAAUAAAAGGCAGCUGUGGUUCGUGUGUGCUGUGACUCCCUCUCACAUUUGCCUCCCAGGGUCUGGGGAGGGCUGGAAGGUUCACCUAAACAUUUCAGGGUAACCCUGGUUGGGGUUGACGGCUGGGUCCAGGCCUGAGCCUGAGGAGCUUUGCUGCCAAGACCCUUCUGUCCCUGACAGCCAUCACAGCCCCUCUUGGGGCAAGCAGGCCGACCCCAGCCAUGUUGUAACUCUGGUGCAGACCCCAUUGACUCAGGGCCUGUAAAGCUAUUCCUAGGUUUGCUCUGGCCUGUGUCCUCUCCUCUUCCAGCUCCAGGGCAGCUGGUGGGUCUGGUGCCCUAAGGGUCACCCCGUUUCUCCCACAAUAAGCACAGAAACCCGUGCUCCUCCUGAGGCUGUUCCCCUACGGAAGAAGUGGGUCUCCGUGUUCGGACUCCCUCCCUCCUCACACCAAGCCAGCCCUGGAGACCCGGAGACGGAAGAGCUCCCUUCCCCGAAUGCCAACCCAUGCCUCAUCCCACGCCACCCAGCACCCAGCUCCGAGGGUGGAGCCAGCUUGGCGUGUGACUUUGAAGGGCUGGUUCAUAGAGCAAACCAUGCCCCUGCCAGGUUAUGAUGGGGCCCGGGGCACUCCUCUCAGAUUGGCCAAGCACUUCAGUCAAGACCGGGCAUUCCUGUCACGCUGGCGCUGGGAGGUUGCGAAAGGCCCGGCGACAGGGGACAUGGCUUUUCUGUUUACAGCUGCUCUGGGCCCACCUCCUGCUUUCCAGACCUCAGUGGCCCCUUCAGGCCCCACCUUCCAGUCUCCUUUCUGCUCAGCCUCUGACAAUGAGCUCUCCUGGGGGCCCCACCUCUAGGUCGGGGCUGGGAGAGCAGGGUUGGGUAGGGCAGGCACAGAUGGCGAUGGUUGGAGAGAAUGGGUCUUUGGACGUGUUGAGCCCCCACCGUGGGGGUGUCAGCACUUCAUACAGGUUUAAGGUGGCUCACUUCCUGGACAAGUGGCUGGUCCGGGCGUAGGCGUGGGGCCUGGGUGGAGCGGAGGCAGGCGGUUGGGAGGGACCAGGGAGGAGCUUGGGACCAGCUGGGACAUCCCUGGCUCUGGGUUAAAAAGCCCACAGUCCUCGGUCCUUGGGCCACUGCCCAUCAUUCCUGGCUCCCGAGGACUCUUAGCCUCAUGGCUCUGGCAAAGGUGCCCGGGACCUGCCUUCUCACCAUCCGUGUCCUGCAGGCCCGCGGCCUGCCCUCUAAGGACCUGGUGACCCCCUCUGACUGCUAUGUGACUCUCUGGCUGCCCACGGCCUCCAGCCACAGGCUGCAGACACGCAUAGUCAAGAACAGCAGAAACCCCAUCUGGAAUCAGAGCUUUCACUUCCGAAUCCACAGCCAGCUCAAGAAUGUCGUGCAACUGAACGUCUUUGACCAGGACCUUCUGACCAAUGAUGACCCCGUGUUGUCGGUGCUGUUUGACGUGGGGACUUUGAGGGCUGGCGAGUUCCGCCGUGAGAGCUUCUCGCUGAGCGCUCAGGGUGAGGAGCAGCUGGAAGUUGAAUUUCGGCUACAGAGUUUGACAGACUGUGCUGAGCAGCUCGUCAGCAAUGGCAUCCUGGUGGCCCGGGAACUCUCCUGCUUGCAUGUUCGACUGGAGGAGGCAGGGGACCAGCAAGGGUCAGAGCGCAGAGUGCAGCUUAUGGUUCCCGGGUCCUGUGAGGGUCCGCAGGAGGCCUCUGUGGGUGCCGGCUCCUUCUGCUUCCAUUGCCUGGACUGCUGGGAGCAGGAGCUGAGCAUCCAUCUGCAGGAUGCCCCCCAAGAGCAACUGAAGGUGCCCCUGAGGGCCCUGCCCUCUGGCCAAGUGGUGAGGCUCGUCUUCCCUACAUCCCAGGAGCCCCUGAUGAGAGUGGAGCUGAAAAAAGAAGAAGGACCGAGGGAGCUGGCUGUGCGGCUGGGCUGCGGGCUCUGCACCGAGGAGCAGGCUUUCCUGAGCAGGAGGAAGCAGGUGGUGGCCAGGGCCCUGAAGCAGGCCCUGCAGCUGGAUGGAGACCUGAAGGAGGACGAGAUCCCAGUGGUAGCCAUUAUGGCCACUGGCGGUGGGACCCGGGCAAUGACUUCCCUGUAUGGGCACCUGGCUGGCCUGAGGGAGCUGGGCCUCUUGGAUUGCAUCUCCUACAUCACAGGGGCCUCGGGCUCUACCUGGGCUUUGGCCAACCUCUAUGAGGACCCAGAGUGGUCUCAGAAGGACCUGGCAGGGCCCACUGAGUUGCUGAAGGCCCAGGUGACCAAGAGCAAGCUGGGCGUGCUGGCCCCCAGCCAGCUGCAACGGUACCAGCAGGAGCUGGCCGAGCGUGCCCGCCUGGGCUACCCGACCUGCUUCACCAACCUGUGGGCCCUCAUCAACGAGGCGCUCCUGCAUGAUGAGCCCCAUGACCACAAACUCUCAGACCAGCGGGAGGCCCUGAGUCGUGGCCAGAACCCUCUGCCCAUCUACUGUGCCCUCAACACCAAGGAGCGGAACCUAACCACCUUUGAAUUUGCGGAGUGGGUCGAGUUCUCCCCCUACGAGGUCGGCUUCCCCAAGUACGGCGCCUUCGUCCCCUCUGAGCUCUUCGGCUCCGAGUUCUUCAUGGGGCGCCUGACUAAGCGGCUCCCUGAGUCCCGCAUCUGCUUCCUGGAAGGCAUCUGGAGCAACCUGUAUGCAGCCAACCUCCAGGACAGCUUGUACUGGAGCUCAGAGCCCAGCCAGUUCUGGGACCGCUGGGCACAGGCUCAAGCCAGCCUGGACAAGGAGCAGGUCCCUCUUCUGAAGAUAGAAGAACCUCCCACCAUGGCCAGCAGGAUGGCUGAGUUUUUCACUGACCUUCUGACGCGGCGCCCACUUGCCCAGGCCUCCCACAAUUUUCUGCGUGGCCUCCAUUUCCACAAGGACUAUUUCCAGCAUCCUUACUUCUCCUUCUGGAAAGCCACCAAACUGGACGGGCUUCCCAACCAGCUGACCCCCGCAGAGCCCCACCUCUGCCUGCUGGAUGUCGGCUACCUUGUCAACACCAGCUGCCCACCCCUCCUGCGGCCUACCCGGGAUGUGGACCUCAUCCUGUCACUGGAUUACAACCUCCAUGGAGCCUUUCAGCAGCUGCAGCUCCUGGGCCGGCUCUGUCAGGAGCAGGGGAUCCCGUUCCCGCCCAUCUCGCCCAGCCCUGAGGAGCAGCGCCAGCCGGGGGAGUGCCACGUGUUCUCGGACCCUGGCUGCCCCGAGGCCCCUGUCGUGCUGCACUUCCCUCUGGUCAACGACUCCUUCCAGGAGCACUCGGCCCCUGGGGUGCAGCGGACCCCGGAGGAGAAGGAGGCUGGGGAGGUGAACCUGUCUUCAUCCAACUCCCCCUACCACUACUCGAAGGUGACCUACAGCCCAGAGGACAUGGACAAGCUGCUCCGCCUGACGCAUUACAAUGUCUGCAACAGCCAGGAGCGUCUGCUGGCGGCCCUGCGGGAGGCUGUGCAGCGGCGGAGGCAGCGCAAGCAGCAGCGGCCGGGCCCAAGUGAUGGCGGUGCCCUGGCCUGAGGCUGCCGUCCAGCCCCUGCCGCCCUGGACUCUUUUUCAGGCUCACUCCCCGUCUGCCUGGCUGCUCUGGUUGAGUUGGGGGGGAGACUGUCAUCACCAAGUGUUCCAGAGCCUCUGGGGACUCCAUUGGGUGUGUGCCCAGCGCCACCCAGAUGUGGCACUGAAGCCAGCAGCAGCCCUGCCAGGCACCCCUGGGUAGGUUGAGGGCUUCACACAGGGGCAGGGCCCAUCCCUCUUGGUUGCCGGCCCGUUGGGGCCUGGUCCCAGAAAGGCGGCUGGAGCUGGCUUCCUCUUUGAGUGAGUGGCCGGAGGCCAGAGCAGUGCUGAGCCCAUCUGUGUAAGCACGCAGAGCUCUGGCCCUGUGUUUGUCUUCCCCUCCGUGCUCCCUUGAGGAGCUGUACAGUGAAAUAGAGCACGUCCUGUUUUACAGAGGCUCACA